AUGCUGGACUGCCAUAUCUACACGGUGACAUCGGGUGAGGAAACGUUCAUGGGCUAUGUUAUUAGGAAUAAGGCUGCCCUUAUCGAUUCGGUACAACUGCUACCGAAAGAGGAAGCUACGCAAGAGGUAGAGUUGGCACUGGACUUCAUGCAGUACUACAUGCACCUGGAAGACGAUGGCCUGAUUGAUCAACCCAAAGCUCAACACCGGGUGUUGAUCGACAAGCGGAAGUCGUUGUUCGAGAUAAUGCUGGAUUUGCAUUCGGCCAUGCGAGCAACGUGCGUAGGCUUCAAGCUUUACUUUUAUGGAGAAAACCCUAUUACGAGCGAGUUUAUCCAGCUGCUCUUACAGUACCCAGCGUUUUCCUCCCAUAAUGGUGAUCAGCUGGCAUUGACUGCUGAAAUACCGCUACAUAUGGCAUACUGUACCAUGAUCGUGUUUGACUCGUGCGAUCUCGAAUCGGCAAGCGAUCGUUUGGCCCUGGCGUGGAUGAGUAAUAACGCACCGUGGGCCAUUCGUAGCGUGCUGGUGCAGGAGAACGUAAAGGAUGAAUUCGUUCAGCUCGUUAAGGGUAAGCUAAAACCAUUCACCGAAAACCAGAGCAAGUUCCUGAAAAGUUCCCUAGUGAAAGCGCUCGAUGCAGCCAAGACUCUUGGUGCUCAGUUGAUACAAAGCGAUUCCGAUACGAGCGAAGUUAAGCCAAUGCUUGCGUUCGUACCCGGUGUUCAGUAUCUGCUUUCGACGAAUGCUGGCGCUGUUCAACCAAGCCCCAUUGUGGCCAUAAACGCAUUCCGUACGGCAAAGGAAGCGAUAUCGCUGGCCAACACUAACAACGGUGGUUCCGUUUCGCUCUGGACCGAAGAACUAUCGCUGACGUUUGAGGUUGCGUAUGAGUUGCGUAGCCAGACCGUAUGGGUGAACAGUUAUGCGGAGUUCAAUCCGGGCUGUACGUACACUUUCCGUCGGGAUGAUUUCUGCUACGGCUCAGAUUAUGCCGUUUGUGAGAAGAAGGUAAAAACCGUCUUCGCACCGACGGUUACCACACCAACGAACAGCGCGGAUAAGAAUCAACAAGCGAUCAAGAGCUUGGGUACGUACGUGGCAAAUAAACGGAGCUACCGCGGGAAUACAGUGCAGUUGAAAAAUGGCAUCCGCUAUGAAAUCAUCUGUUCGCCGGCAGAACUGCAAGCGUACGGUGAAGGACAUCGACUGAGCGUUGUUGAAAACUUCUGGGAAACGUACGUAUCACUGGAUGCGAUCGAUCGUUAUUUGCUGCUGGAUACGGUUCACAACCAGCGUAAGGUAAUUUGCAUUCCGUAUGGUGUUACAUUCGCUAAUUGA